AUGCAUAGGAAAAAACCGUUUAGCGGUAAACAGAAGAAACAACAGCUCAAAGAUAAGAAAGUGCGAAAGCAAGAUGGCCCCAGCUAUCUGGCCGAUGACAGUGAUGAAGAUGAGAAGAAGAAGCUGAAGACACACCACCCUGGCAAGACAGCAGGAUCAGGGUUUGGGCAUGACCUGGAAGUCCUCAAAGUUCAUGAGCAGCCCAGGAAAGGAGACCCAGGCAAGAUGGAUGCCAACAGUUUCAGACUGCAUUUCUUCAAAGAGAGUGAUGAGGAGGUUGCUAAAAGAAAGAAAGAAGCUAUGAAACCUCUAACUACAGUCGAUAAGAAAUAUCUAGAAUACAAAGUGGAGGAUGUGUUUCCGCCAGAUGCCAAGUUGGAUUUUCCCAAGAGGCCUCCAUGGAACUACAGACUCAGCAGGGAGGAGCUAGAGCAACAGGAGAGGGACUACUUUAAGGCGUAUGUCUCAGAUAUUCUUGAUCAGCCUCGUGCCCGAGAUCUGAGCUACUUUGAGCUGAACUUGGAGACCUGGAGACAGUUGUGGAGAGUUCUAGAAAUCUCGGAUAUUUUGCUCGUUAUUGCUGACAUUAGGUUCCCAGUUGUACACAUACCCCCUAGUCUGAUUACAUAUCUUCUGAAAGACCUACACAGGAAUGUCAUCAUCAUCCUCAACAAGGUAGACUUUGUCCCCACUGUCCUGGCUUUGGCAUGGAAACAAUAUUUACAGACCGCAUUUCCGGGAAUUCACGUAGUGUUCUUCUCCUCUUAUCCCCGGGCUAGCCAUCCGGAUGAUAAUCCUGUGAAUUUUGAUCCCACUGCAGCUCUUUACAAAAGACCAUACAGAGGAAAGCGAGCUCUCCCUGUGGGGCCAUCACAGUUGUUUCAGGUCGUCAAGGAGAUUGUACAGAAUAAAGUUGAGUUGUCUUCAUGGGAGAAGAAGAUUGCCUUGGAUUCCAGCUCAACACAAGCUGAAGAGAUCAGCCAAUCAGAAUCUGCUGCUGGAUUCAGUCAGUCAGAUGACUUUAACACCAGCAGGAGCCAGGAAGAAUCAGAUGGGACAGACUAUGUCAAAUAUAAGGAUGGUAUCGUGACUAUUGGCUGUCUGGGAUAUCCAAAUGUUGGGAAGUCUUCUGUGAUGAAUGCUCUCGUUGGAAAGAAGGUUGUGUCGGUGUCGAAAACACCAGGCCACACCAAACACUUGCAGACGAUCUUUCUGUGCCCGACUGUGAGGUUGUGUGACUGUCCGGCUUGGUCUUCCCUUCCAUGGUCCCAAGGGCUCUACAGGUUAAUCAUUGCAGGCAUUUUCCCGGUGGCCCAGGUGAAAGAGCCUUAUUCUGUAGUGGGAUAUUUGGCUCAGCGAUUGAACCUGCCCAAACUUUUGAAGGUAACUCCCCCUGAUUGUGAAACCCCAGACGAACUCAAGGACUACAAAUGGACAGCAUUUGAUAUUUGCCAAGCAUGGGCAAUAAAGUGUGGCUUCACCACCUCUAGGGCUGGCCGACCUGACACGUAUAGGGCAGCCAAUCAGAUUCUCAGACUUGCUGCUGAAGGUCAGCUGUGUUUAUGUUUCAGACCGCCAGACUAUGCGGCCCAGUUGGAGAAGCUGAUGUCAGACCCUGAAGCCAACCAGUUGAUCAACCUUUUCAGCAGCCGUAGCCACGGAAACAGUUCCAACAACCAGGACAGGGAUGACCAGAUGGGCAGUGAUGAUGAGAGUGAUGAUGAAGAUGAUGAUGCUGAUAGGAGCGGGGAGGAAGACGAAGACAUUGAGGAGAGUGAAGUGAAUAGGAACACAGCAAAGGCAGGGAUAUUUGCCCGGCUGCAGGAGCUCAGUGUUGAUGAGGAGUCACCCUAG